GUAUUUACAACAGAUCUGCAUCAUGUUUAUCUGAAUCUCGAUUGCUAUCAAUAUCUGAAGUAAUGCAUGAAAAGUUUAAUUUGCACAAAGAUCAUCCUUUUGGUGUUUAUUUUCACUCACUUACCUUACUAUCUAAUGAAGAAAUAAGUCACAUUAGAGUCCAAAUAGCAUUUUAUAAUUUGUCAAAACUUCAUAAACUUCUGAGAUGUUGUUUAAUCAAAGAUUCAAGUGGGGACUUAUUGUUCCAUGAAAUGAAUUAUAAAUAUGACGAUUGGAUGCUAUUUACAAUGCAUGAUGUUACAACUGAAGUUGAUUGGCUUAAAAUUACAACUUCUCUUCUUUCUGUUUGUUUUGAUGCAGAAAAAGGCCCAUUGUGGCGUGUAAUAUGGAUGAAAUUCCCAAAUAAAAAUGAUACUCAGUACAAAUAUGUUCUUGUUUUUGUAGCCAUGCACUUAAUAUGUGAUGCCAGAUCAGUUUUUGAUCUUUUAACAAAUCAGUUUUUGCCACUACUUGAAAAUAAUUCUGUUGAAAGUAAUUAUCUUCAAAAUAAACCAAUUUCUUUCCCUAAAUCAUUUGAAAUGUUGUUUGAAAACAAAACUGAUGCUGAAUUAUCUGUAUCCAGAUGUAAUACACCUUUCAUAAUUAAAUGGGUUAUCAAUACUGCACAUUGGUUUUAUCAUAGCUCGCUUUCCACUGCAAAGUUUGAUAGAUUCAAACAAGUAGAUAAAAGAAGAAAUUCUAGUUCUCUUUCUCACUUUUUGCUUCAUAUUAAUCCAGAUCUAAGCAAAGAAUUUAUUAACAUAUGUAAGUUGCAUAAAUGUUCUGUUCAUGCUGUAUUGAUUAUUGUUUUAGCAAUAGCUGGGAUAGAUUUAGCAAAAGAUUCUGGUUUACCGGCGGAUACAUUCAAAACUAUUAAUUUUCCAAUUGAUAUGAGGAAGUUUAACAAGCCCUAUGCCUAUUGGGCAGUUUGUUGGAAUGGGCAAAGCAACACCAAAAAUCAGUUUACCUUAUGAUAAAGAAAGUUUAUUUUGCCAGGCUCAAAUUAUUACUGCUGAUAUUAAAAAACAAAACAUAUCUCAACAAACUAGUAUAUUUGCUAUGGCUAUUGCACACAUUUUGAAAAAAAAGUGGGAUUUAAGCCAUUUAGUUCGAUAUAUUUUUCGUUACCCUUUAUUAUAUUUUAGUAAUAUUGGAAACUGUAAUAAUUACAAAAGCAAUGGUCAAACUCAGGUGGAAGCACAAAACUUUGGUGUCAGUACAAAAGACAGCAUUUUUGUAACUCUUAUGACAUUCAACAAUUCAAUGAGAUUUUGUGUUGGGUAUGAUAAUGGUUGGUUUAAUUCAGAAUAUGUGGAAAAGUUUAUGAUGAAAAUAUCUAGUUUAAUUGAAGAACUAACAACCAAUACUUAAUUAUUCACAAUGUAAUGGAGGCUGAAAAUACAAGCAACAUAUCAUUAAAUUCACCACCAUUGACUUCAAAGCAUAUUUCUUUAACCCAAUCAUCUAAAAAAACAUCAAGUUUGAGUGUUUAUCGUAAGAGGCUAACCUUGGAGCUUCCUGAUUUAUCUGCUCAAUUUAUUGAAAAUCAACCUAACCUAGUCAAUUUCACAUCCUCCACAAGAUUGCAGAUUGUAGAUCAGCUUUUUUUGUCAAUUUGCAAAACCACAUUGUAUCCUUAUCCCGAGGAUCUGAGGGCAAUAGUGAAUAAAAUGCUUCUACAGUAUCCAACCCUCAUAGACAUAAAUGGAGAUGGCUCAAUGUGGAUUAAGUGUCUAACGAACAAGUUUAAGAAUUUUAGAAGAAACUUAGUGCCAACGAAAAAAGCUUUUCAGUGCAAGCGUAAAAUACAAACACCUUCGGUUACAACUGUAACACAUAAUCUGGAUAAUGAUGGUGAAGAUGAUUUCAGCUAUCAAUUUCAUGAGCUAGCCAUGCAGGCUGAGAUGAGGAAAUGCCAGCAAGAUGUUGAUUUUCUCAAAAAACGUAUGAGAUAUACUUUUCGUCAACGUAAAGAGUGGAUUUCCAUUAGUUUCCCUAAAGUUGCUGAUAUUAUAAAACGCUUUCCGGCUAUCAUUCAUAGCGAGGAACUCUGGCAUCAAGAGGUUGAAUUGGAUGUUGGUCUUAAAGUUCCAACUUGCCGAGCUUUUUUAGCUUCAAACAGACAUCUUCUGAGAAAAGCUCUAAAGACACCACAAGAAUAUGAUGAUGACAAACUUUUGAUGGCUAUCAAUCAUUAUUUAAAUCCUCGCUCUGUUAUUGUGAAGCAAAAACUUGAGGUUGCCGACAUGCAGCCCACAGUCUACCUCGAAGGAGAAGAACACAUUCUAUGUAUUGAAGGUGUUGUGGUCGCCCAGAAAAAUUUUCUUGUUGACAUUAUACACGCUAAAUUAUGCUUUUUUUAUGCCUUUAACCUGGAGUAUCCUUCAGGUUCAAAAACAUUUUGGGAAAUGUUGUCAGUUGCUCUUUUAAAAAAAAGUCUCCCUUUAUCAAUAAAGGCAAAUCAAUUAUUAAAAUCUUUAUUGUAAUUGUUUAUUUAAAUCUUAUAGAUAUUAUAAAAUAAUAAUGUAAAACUUUUAUCGUAUCUUAACACAGCUUUUUUAUGAAUAGAAUAUAAAUAUGAA